AUGCGGUCGUUGUUCUUCACGACCUUUCUCCUCCUACUUAUUAUGUCAACAUCUUCUUUUUGCAACGAGCUGAAAGAUGAUAGGGAUUAUUACCAGAUAUUAAAUGUUCCCUCAACCGCAUCUAAGAAAGAAAUUAAAAAAGCUUUUAGGAAACUAGCUAUUAAAUUUCAUCCAGAUAAAAACAAAGAACCCGACUCUGAGGCUAAUUUUAAGAAGAUAUCAGAAGCUUACGAUGUUCUCUCUGAUAAUUCAAAGCGCAAGCAAUACGAUGCCGUUGGUCAUGAGUCCUUCAUUCGUUCUGGUGGACCUGGGGCGGGAUCGUCUAAUCAUUUUGACAUGCACAAUUUUUUCCAUAGCUUUGAUCAUUUCCUUCACCACCGUAUGCACGAAAAUUUCCACAACUCACACUCUCAAAACUUUCAUUUUGAUUUUAAAAGUCUAUUUGAUGACGAGGAUGAUGAUGAUCCUGCUCACCAUUUCGAAGAUGCGGACUACAGUUUUGCUCGAAGUGUUAAGUCUCAAAGUUUCCACGAAGCUCGUGGUUGCAGAACGAAAACCGUCAGACAAGGAAAUUCUGUAUUCUCAACUACUGAAUGUUUUUGA